CCAUGUUGGAGUCGCGGCCGCUGGAAGCCGCGGAGUUUUGCGGAGCGGAAACCGCAAAACGGAGCCCGCAGCCCGAGGGCGGGAACCGCAGCGCAGCCCGGCCCAGACUGAGGGGAGACUGAAGCGCAGCCACGGGGUGUUGUGGGUCCAAGUAGAGGCAAAGUACAUGAGGGAACGCUGGAGUUAAAGGACCUCUGAAGCUUCCCCGAUUUUUCUUUUUUGACUCAACAGUGGAUAUAGGCUGCAACAGGUCGUAUUACCAUUAACUAUGGCCAAGGUUGCAAGUGGGGGAAGAAAUGCUGACUGUGGCAGCCCAGCAAAUGAGUUUGGUGACAUCAUCAGAUGGAGAUCAGAUGAACAUGAUGGUGUGCAAAAGAAAACCUUCACAAAAUGGAUCAAUGCACGCUUUGCAAAGGGCGGAAAGCCACAAAUCAAGGAUCUGUUUGCUGACCUCCGAGAUGGGCGAAAACUCUUAGAUCUUCUGGAAGGACUUACGGGAUGUGUGUUGACCAAAGAACGUGGCACCAGUAGAGUACAUGCUCUCAACAAUGUCACCCGAGCAUUGCAUGUGCUACAGCAGAAUAAUGUGGAACUGGUAAAUAUCGGUGGAACUGAUAUUGUGGAUGGAAACCAUAAACUGACACUUGGGCUUAUUUGGAGUAUUAUUCUACAUUGGCAGGUUAAGGAUAUAAUGAAAGCUAUAAUGUCAGAUUUGCAACAGACCAACAGUGAGAAGAUUCUGCUGAGCUGGGUCCGUCAGUCAACCCGACCUUACAAACAAGUUAAUGUUUUGAAUUUUACAACCAGCUGGGCUGAUGGACUUGCUUUAAAUGCCAUUCUUCAUAGGCACAAACCAGGUUUGAUCAGCUGGGAUAAAGUUAUGAAGAUGUCUGCAAUGGGACGCCUGGAACAUGCUUUUAACAUGGCUAAAAAGCAUCUGGGGAUAGAGAAGCUGCUGGACCCUGAAGAUAUUGCCGUUUCCCUACCUGACAAGAAAUCCAUCAUCAUGUACGUAACCUCUUUAUUUGAGGUGCUUCCUCAACAAGUCACGAUGGAGGACAUCCUUGAAGUGGAGACUCUACCAAGGCAGUACAAAGUUGAAAAUGCAGAGGGUCCUUUAUCUCGUCAGCAGAAUGUGACCUCCGAGAAGGAGUCACCGAGCUCUCGGGCUGAAACUUCCAGCACUGUGCCUGAGACAGACGUGGAUUUGGACAGUUACCAGGCAGUUUUGGAGGAAGUUCUAACAUGGUUAUUGUCUGCUGAGGACACUCUUCACAUGCAAGAUGACAUCUCCUCUGAUGUUGAGGAGGUGAAGGAGCAGUUUCACAUCCAUGAGGGAUUUAUGAUGGAACUGACUGCUCAUCAGAGUAAUGUGGGUAAUGUACUUCAGGCUGGAAACCAGCUCAUUGCACAGGGCAAUCUGACAGAAGAGGAAGAGAAUGAGAUCAGAGAGCAGAUGUCUUUGCUUAAUUCUAGAUGGGAAAACCUGAGAGUUGCCAGCAUGGACAGACAAGCCAAGCUUCACGAGGUGCUAAUGGAACUGCAGCAGCAGCAGUUGCAGCAGCUAUCAGAUUGGCUGACUCAGACAGAGGAACGUAUUCAAAAGCUGGCAACACAGCCUACAGGAGAUGAGUUGGAGUCCUUCAAACAGCAGAUUGAUGAACACAAACUAUUGCAAAGUGACUUGGAGAAAGAGCAGGUGAAGGUGAACUCUCUGACCCACAUGGUAGUGGUAGUGGAUGAGAACAGUGGCGAGAGUGCUACAGCUGCACUGGAGGACCAGUUGCAGUCACUGGGUGAGCGCUGGGCAGCUGUUUGUCGUUGGACUGAAGAGCGAUGGCAUCUGCUCCAAGAUGUUUUUGUCAAGUGGCAGCAGCUAUUGGAAGAUCAGCUGAUGCUUGAAGCUUGGUUAACUGAGAAGGAAGAAGCUCUCACUGAGGUGCAAACCAGCAGCUUCAAGGAUCAGAGUGAGGUUGGAGUGAAUAUCUGCAGACUGGCAAUUUUGAAGGAAGACCUGGGAAUGAAGCGUCCAGCAUUGGACCAUCUGGGUGAACUUGGUCGAGACUUAAUGGAACUGCUGAACAACAGUAAUUCAUCAAAGAAAAUUGAGAGCAAUAUGGAACAGCUAUCGCAAAAAUGGGACAAUUUAGUGCAACAGCUGGAAGAUUACUCCAAACGGGUGUCUCGGGCAGUGUCUGAUCUGGAAAUAGCUCAUGUUGGUCCCAUGGAAGUCGUGAAAAUGACCACAGAGCAUUCAGUUCAGAAGCAGGAAUUGGUUCCUCCCCCACCACCCAAGAAAAGACAACUCCGUGUGGAUGUGGAAUCCAAGAAGAAAUUCAAUGCGGACGCUAGUGAGCUCCUGAACUGGAUUAGUAAAUCAAAAUGUGAGAUUCAAGCCAUGAUGCUCAAUGACUUCAAGAGGCAGAAAGAUAUUUCUGGCAUGAAGGAAAAGAUGAAGGUCUUGGAAAAAGAAAAGGCUGAAAAAGAGAGACAGUCGAAGGAAGUAAAGCAGGUGGGACAGGCCCUGCUUGAGUCAAUGGAGAAAGAAGGACUGCCAGUAGAGGAAGUAAAGCACUCACUGGAGAGAGUGUCAGUGGAAUGGAAAGAUAACAACCAGCAAAUGGACAAGCUGAAAUGUAAGAUGCAGUUUCAAGAGGAUAUUAACUGUAUUUAUUCAGAUCUACAAGAGCUUGAAAAGAUUGUGAAAUCUAAAGAAGACUGGCUGAAGUGCGCAACCAAUGCUUCACUGAAAGAAUCCUGUCAGUAUGAAAUCAACAAACUGAGUGAGAUAACUCCAUGUGUAGAGAAUCUAAUGGCUCGUGGGGAAGUGCUUCACAAUAAGCCUGGAGCUCCAAGCUUCCUCCAGGAGGACCUUAGUAAUUUUAACAACCAGUUCAAGUCACUUCUGCAGAAACUACAGAAGAAACAGCAGGCACAAGCAGGUUUGGAAGGUCCUCAGAAACUUGAUGCUGUAAGGUCCCUGAAAGUGUUGCUGGAUCGGUCUGAAGCCCAGGUUACAUCAAACUGGAGUGCAGUUACUAAUCUGGAGACUGCUCAGAAUGUGUUAAAACACAUAGUGACUUUACGAGAUGAAUUGACAAACCAUCAACCAGAAAUAGACAGACUGGCUGUAGAGCCACAAAGGAUGGCGGAAAAACUAACUUCUGGUAAGACCGCCUGUAGCCUGGAAUUGGAGGCAAUUCAGGCACGGUGGAGAAAGCUGAUGGCAAAACUUUGUGAAGACAGCCAGAUGCUGGAAGAUACAAUAUCGAAACUGCAGCAAUUUCAGAAAGAUGCCAAUGCCUUGGAGAAAUGGAUGGAUCGUGCAGAGAUCUUCUUGUCCAAGAAUACUGUCACAGGCAAUCAAGAGGGGUUCCAGCGGCAGGUGGAACAGUGCACGACAUUUAAGAAUGAAAUUCAGAAUAUCCAGUCAAAUUUGACAUCAAUGAAUGAGAUUCAGGAGUCAUUGAAAAAGCAGCCAGUGCCAGCUAUCUCCAAAUAUGUGACAUCUCGUAUGGUUGACUGCCGCAAGCGAUGGGAAAUUGUGAGCAACCAGAUUAUGUCUCAGCAGGCUAAAUUGUGCGAAGGGCAGGAGAAGACAUUGAACUUGAGGAAAGAUCUUGUGGAGAUGCGUGAGUGGACCAUGCAGGCUGAAGAGGAAUAUUUAGAGAAAGACUUUGAAUAUAAGUCACCCGAGGAAUUAGAAACUUCAUUAGAGGAGAUGAAGCGGGCAAAAGAGGAGGUACUGCAAAAAGAAGUUAGAGUGAAGAUUCUGAAAGAUAAUAUCAAUACAGUUCUUAAGAAAGUGCCAUCCAGUGAUCAGGAACUGAUAUCCAGGGAUCUUCAUGCUGUGUUGGAGAAUUACAAGAGACUUUGUGAUCGGGUUGAACGAAAGUACCUGACCUUAAAGGAAGUAUGGUCUUGCUGGUGUGAGUUGCUCCAUUACUUAGAUAUAGAAAACAACUGGUUAAAGAAUCUGGAGCAGAUGUUGUAUACCACAGAACAUGUACCAGACAGCAUUGAAGCUGUCAGUGUGGCCCUUGAGUCCCUUGAGUCUGUGCUACGCCAUCCAGCAGAUAAUCGAACGCAGAUCCGUGAACUGGGCCAAACAUUGAUUGAUGGUGGAAUUUUGGAUGAACUUAUAAGUGAAAAGCUGGAAGUAUUCAACGCUCGAUAUGAAGAGCUCAGUCACCAGGCUGUGAGCAAGCAGAUCUCACUGGAGCAACAUAUACAAAUGUCUCAAGAAAAUGAACAGCGAAUGCAUGAUCUCCAGGAGUCACUUGGACUACUAGAUAAACAGUUAACCUUGUAUCUAACAGACCGCAUAGAUGCCUUGCAGAUGCCGCAGGAAGCUCAGAAAAUUAAAACAGAUAUUGCAGCCCAUGAAACCAGCUUGGAGGAGAUGAAGAUGAAAAAUGUGGGGGCCCUACCUUUAUUAGAUAACAAGCCCUAUUCUCGCGGUGGCACUCAAUUGGAUUUGCUUCAGAGGAAACUUCGAGAAGUGUCAACAAAGUUCCAGCUUUUCCAGAAACCAGCAAACUUUGAGCAGCGUAUGCUAGACUGUAAACGUGUGUUGGAUAGUGUCAAAGCAGAACUGUACGUGUUGGACAUGAGGAGUGUAGAGCCUGAAGAAAUACAGCCCCAACUGGAUAAUUGUAUGAAACUAUAUAAAACUCUGAGUGAGGUGAAGCUUGAGGUGGAGACAGUAAUAAAGACUGGGCGACAAAUUGUCCAAAAACAGCAGACAGACCACCCCAAAUUGAUGGAUGAGCAAUUGACAGCCCUGAAACUCCUAUACAAUGAUAUGGGUGCUCAGGUCACUGAAGGUAAACAAGACUUAGAAAAAGCCUUGCAACUAUCUUGCAAGUGGAAGAAUGAGACCAAGUCACUUUCAGAGUGGUUGGCAGCUACAGAAGAUGAAGUGAUCAAAAGAUCAUCUGCAAGAGGAAUACCUGUUAACCUAGAUUCAGAAAUCAAACGGUCUAGACUAAUUCUGAAACAAUUGGAGGUGAGAAAAGCUGAACUGGGUAGUAUCACUGAGAGUAGUGCUGCACUGCAGGGUCUGAUAGAAGGCAGCGAACGUGUUUUGGAGGAUAACCUGUGCACGCUGAACACCGUUUGGAACAGGGUCUGCACUCUGUCACAGGGGUGGUGUGACAGACUGUUGGAUUAUCAGAACCAGAUGGAAGGCUUUGAUCAAAAUGUUGCACACAUAAGCACCUGGCUGUAUCAGACUGAAAUUCUGCUGGAUGAGAUUGAUAAGAAGUCAGACGGUGAAAGAGAAGAAAUACUUAAGCGUUUUCAAUCUGAACUGGACGGAAUCAGUUUGCAAGUUGAUGAUGUACGUGACCAAGCCAUUUCCCUCAUGAACAAUAAUGGUGCCAUGUGCCGUGAAGUGGUGGAACCAAAGCUCAUUGAACUGAAUCGCAAUGUUGAGAGAGUUUCUCAGCACAUCAAAUUAGCAAAAAUGGAGGCAGCAAUUAAAGAACCUGCAAAACGUGACAAUAGGUUGAGACCAGGUCCGAAGACCGACCAGGUUUCACCCAUUGAUCUAGAUCGCUUUGAAGCUGAGCUGCAAAUCAAGAUAGAUGACUUGGAGAGAAAGCUGCAGUGUAGUGAGGAGAUCCCUGAUGAUGAUGAAAAGGUGGAUGAAGAGGAAGCGGAUGUGGAGGAGAUGUUACAGAAAGGAGAGCGGCUGCUGCAGCUGACCGAUGAUGAUGGAAGACGGAAGCAAAUCCACAAAAAACUGAUCCUUCUACAGACAAAGCAUGCCUUUGUUAAGGAAGCAAAGUUAACACAGAAGGAGCAAGUAGGAGAGCUGUCACCUGGGUGGUACCAGUACAAGAGAGAGGAAAGCCAGUUUCAGAAGUGGCUGGAUGACAUUGAGCGACAACUGUUGGACUCUUGUAGCUCAAAAGACGAGAAGAGAUUACAGGAACUGACCCUAGAAUUUGAACAGCGGAGGGAGGACUUCAAUAUCUUAACAAAGAAGGGCCAAGUUCUGGGACAUUAUAGUGCCUCUCCAGGAAAGGACAGCAUCAAUGUGGAAAAACGUUGGUGUCAAAUAGAGACCCAGUUUUCCACUUAUCAACCACUGCAUUUGAAGAAUCCAGAAGCCCGAGUUAUUGCUGGGCAUUACGCCACCAGUACAGGGAUGGCAUCGCAGUAUUUCCCAUCAGAUUAUCUUUUGGACAUUAACAAGGCAUUGCUUGCUUUGGCUGAUGUUGAGCUAGUACUGAAUGCACCAGAAUUGAACAAUGGGAAAUAUGAGGACUUCUCAAGUCAGGAAGAUUCCCUAAAGAAUAUAAAGGAUAUGCUGGAGAAACUUGGAGAGCAAAUUGAGGACAUUCACGAGAAUCAGCCUGACGCCCUCCUCGAAGCUUCUGCAGCUGAGGCUGUCCAAAUAGGAGACACACUGACACAGCUCCAUGCAGAAUGGGAUCGAGUGAACAGGAUGUACAAUGAUCGCAAAAGCUGUUUUGAUAAGGCUGUGGAGGAAUGGAGACGCUUUCACUGUGAUUUGAAUGACCUGAAUCAAUGGGUGAUGGAAGCUGAACAGUUACUGCCUGGUGCCCGAGGUCAAAAUGGUAGUCUGGAUUUGGAGAAAGCGAGAAUUCACCAACAGGAACUGGAAGAAGGUCUCAGCAGCCACCAGCCAGUGUAUAUAACAUUAAAUGCCUCUGGCACAGACAUAAUACGCGAACUUUCAACAGCAGAUGGAUGUCUCCUGCAGGAGAAGCUCAGUGGAUUGAAUAAACGCUGGAGAGCAAUUUCUGCAGAAGUCAAAGAUCGGCACCAAAGGUUGGAAGGAGAUGGCCAGCGAUACUCUGAUUUAAGGAAUCAGCUGGAUGAAUUUGGUCUGUGGUUAGAUAAGGUGUUGAACUCUUUAAGGGCUGUGCAUUUGCCACCCAGGGAACAUGUUCUGAAGGAGCUAAAGGUUCCAGCAACAGACCUGGAAUUGCGCAGUGAUAAUCUAACCAUGAUGAACAGUAUUGCACAGGAUGUGCUUUCAGAUAAAAACCUCAGUCUGCAAGAGAGAGACAAGCUUUCUGCAAAACUUAGAAAUAUUAAUUCAAACUGGAGUAAGGUGUGCAAAGAGCUGCCUGUUAAAGUGAAAGAAAUUGAGAUUCAGCUUCAGGAUUAUGCUCAGUUCAAAGAAAGCCUGGAGAAGCUGUCCAACUGGGCAGUAAUUGCCAGGCAGAAUUUACAUCCCAGAGGAUCGUCUCUACCUGGAACAACACAACUUCAGUUAUUAGAAGCUGCUGUGGUGGACCACCAAACUGGCAUUGAGACACUUCUUGCGAAAGCUGUGGAGUUAGACAGGAAAAGCCAUUUGCUCCCUGAAGAAAAGAGUAAGGUGGCUCAGCUAUCUGUCGACUGGAAAACUCUUAACACUGCUUUGAAAGAUCUUAGUCAGCAGACCGUCAUGGGAAGGAGUCAGCAUAUGUCACAACCAAAAGUUAAAGUUCACUCCACUGUUCAAACAGUGACCCUAGUGUCAGCAAUGCCUCCCUCUCCUGGAGCUACUCACCUGGUUCUGCGGGAUGCCUUCCCCCCAGUUUCUGAAUCAUUGAUGCCAGCGGAUCUGGACAAGUCUGCAAUGGAGCUCAUUGACUGGCUGACACUCAUUGAUCAGAUGAUCAAAUCAAACAUCAUUACUGUUGGAGAUCUGGAGGAGAUUAAUAAAACCAUUGUACGUCUGAAGACUACAAAGAAUGACUUGGAACAGCGACGACCUCAGCUUGAUGCUAUUUUCACCCUUGCUCAGAAUCUGAAGAAUAAAACAGCUGAUCUGGAGGAGCGAGCUGCAGUUACUGAGCGAUUGGUGAGGGUCCAGAACCAAUGGGACAACACGCAGCACAGACUGGAGGCACGGCAACAGCAGCUGGAAGAGCUGCUCAGUGACAGCAUUCAGUGGGAGGAGGAGUUGCAGGCAACUGAGCGGCUGGUUGGUCAGAGUGAGAUCCGCCUGCAAUCCAUGCUCCAGGUUACUUCAGAUCCACUUGCCCCACAGCUAGCAGAAAGCAAGCACUUCCUACAAGAAUUGCACAAAGGGCAUUUUACAGUGGCUGCAUUUAAUGACCUGUCCAGUAAACUACUCCGUGAUUAUGCAGCAGAUGAUACUAGGAAGGUGAAAGAGGUUACUGAUGGCAUCAAUACAUCCUGGAAUAAUAUUAAUCAAAGAGCCAGCGAGAGAGUUGGAUACCUGGAGAGUGAACUAAAGCAGCUGCAGAGCUUGCUGCAGGAAUUGGAGGGAUGUCUCAGGUGGUUGCAGGAAACUGAGGGUGCAGUUGAUGUCUUGGCCAAUGCAGCUGAGAAAGAAGACACUUCGCAGGAUAGUGCUGCGGUCAAGGAACUCAAACACCAAUUGCAUGAUAUCCAGGCUGAGAUUGAUGCUCACAAUGACAUCUUUAAGAGUAUUGAUGGCAACAGACACAAGAUGGUGAAGGUUUUGGGAAAUUCAGAGGAGGCUGCCUUGCUCCAGCAUCGACUUGAUGAUAUGAACCAACGAUGGAGUGACCUGAAGACAAAAUCUGUCAAUAUCAGAGCUCAUUUGGAGGCCAAUGCAGAACGAUGGAACAGGUUGCUGGCAUCAUUAGAAGAACUAAGCAAGUGGUUAAAUCUCAAAGACGAGGCACUGACAAAACAGAUGCCUAUUGGAGGUGAUGUUCAGACUCUACAACAGCAACACGACCACUGUCGGGCACUCAGACAUGACCUAAUGGAUAAGGAGCAGACAAUCAUAACUGCACUGGAUUCUGCUCGAUUAUUCCUUGCAGAUCAGCCCAUAGAAGGGCCUGAGGAGCCUCGGCGCCAUCUUCAUAUUAAAACAGACCCUACCCCAGAAGAAAGAGCCCAGAAAAUUGCCAAAGCUGUGCGCAAACAGUCAACAGAAGUGAAGGAAAAUUGGGAGCAGCUGAACACCCGCGCAAGCAACUGGCAGGAGCAGGUGGAAAAGGCCUUGGAGAAACUUCAGGAACUACAAAAAGCAAUGGAUGACCUCGAGGCUCAUGUGAUAGCAGCUGAAAGUGUCCGCACUGAUUGGCAACCUGUUGGUGACCUGCUUAUUGACUCCUUGCAAGAUCAUAUUGACAAAACCACAGUUUUUAAAGAAGAAAUUGCCCCAGUGAAGCAAGAAGUCAAAAUAGUAAAUGACCUGGCUAGCCAAUUAUCUCCACUUGAUGUCUCUUUAUCUCCAAAGACUUCUCACCAGCUUGACGACCUAAAUAUGCGAUGGAAGCUUAUACAGGUUGCUGUUGAGGAUCGGAUCAAGCAGUUACAAGAAGCAUACCGGGAUUUUGGUCCUUCAUCACAACAUUUUCUCUCCACCUCCGUUCAGUUGCCUUGGCAGCGAGCUGUAUCCCACAACAAUCGAGUGCCGUAUUACAUCAACCACCAGACUCAGAGUACCUGUUGGGACCAUCCGAAAAUGACGGAGCUUUUUCACUCAUUGGGUGAUUUAAACAAUGUGCGUUUUUCUGCCUACCGGACAGCCAUGAAGAUCCGCCGACUACAGAAAGCUCUCUGUUUGGAUCUGUUGGAGCUGCACACAGCACAACGCAUCUUCGAACAGCACAAAUUGACACAAAACGAGCAACUUCUAAAUGUGACUGAAGUAAUCAACUGUUUAACAACCAUUUAUGAUGGCUUGGAACAAAACCACAAGGACUUGGUCAAUGUGCCUCUCUGUGUCGACAUGUGUUUGAACUGGCUGCUGAAUGUCUUUGAUACGGGUAGGAGUGGAAGAAUCAGAGUGCUGUCUUUGAAAAUUGGCUUGAUGUGCCUAUCCAAGGGUCACCUAGAAGAAAAAUACAAGUAUCUUUUCAAACAAGUAGCUGAACCCAUUGAUCUGUGUGACCAACGAAGCCUGAGCCUUUUGCUUCAUGAUGCAGUCCAGAUCCCUCGGCAGCUAGGGGAAGUGGCUUCAUUUGGAGGCAGCAACAUUGAACCAAGUGUCCGCAGUUGCUUCCAACAUGGCCAGAACAGACCAGAGAUUGAUGCUAAACGGUUUGUAGAGUGGAUGAGACUGGAGCCUCAGUCCAUGGUCUGGCUGCCUGUUCUGCACCGUGUGGCAGCUGCUGAAACUGCAAAACAUCAGGCAAAGUGUAACAUCUGCAAAGAGUGUCCGAUCGUAGGCUUCAGGUACCGCAGCCUCAAACACUUCAACUAUGACAUCUGCCAAAGCUGUUUCUUUUCAGGGCGCACAGCAAAGGGACACAAGUUGCAUUACCCAAUGGUGGAGUAUUGCACUCCGACAACUUCAGGUGAAGAUGUACGUGAUUUCACCAAGGUGCUGAAAAAUAAGUUCAGAUCAAAGAAGUACUUUGCCAAACAUCCCCGCUUGGGUUAUUUGCCAGUGCAAACAGUCCUAGAAGGCGAGAAUCUUGAGAUUCCUGUCACGCUUAUCAGUAUGUGGCCUGAACAGUAUGACCCUACGCAGUCUCCACAACUAUCCCAAGAUGACACACAUUCUAGGAUAGAACAUUAUGCCAACAGAUUGGCACAGAUGGAGAGAACGAAUGGCUCUCUGCUCACAGAUAGUAGCUCAACCACAGGAAGUGUUGAUGAUGAGCACAUACUGAUCCAACAGUACUGUCAGACACUGGGGAGAGAGUCACCCAUAAGUCAGCCCCAGAGUCCUGUGCAGAUCCUCAAGUCAGUGGAGAAAGAGGAACGGGGUGAAUUAGAAUUCGUCAUUGCCAAUCUUGAAGAGGAGCAAAGAAAUCUACAGGCUGAGUAUGAACGGUUAAAGCAGCAGCAGAUCCUGAGAGAUAUAAAACCCCUACCAUCGCCUACCUUCUCAACAACCCAGCAGAAUUAUCAAGAUGCUGAGCUCCUGGCUGAGGCUAAGCUCCUACGACAACACAAGGGGCGACUUGAGGCCAGAAUGCAGAUUUUGGAGGACCACAACAAACAACUGGAGUCACAGCUGUGCCGACUGCGAAAACUCCUGGAAGAGCCGUUAACAGAAUCGAAAUUGAAUGGAGUUACAGCUGUUUCUUCAACUACAUCCUUUCAGCUUGCUGAAAAUGGUCAAACCUAUAAUGAGGACUUCAGCUCACAGACAGAUGACUUAUUGAUUCCACCCCAGGAUACAAGUACAGACCUCACAGAUGUCAUGGAGCAAAUCAAUAGCUCUUUCCCAGUUUGCAGCCCAAGUUUUACUACAAGGCAACAGGUAUUGAUGUAACAAUAUAUUCCAUACAGCAGAUGCUUGCAUUGAGACAACUACUUCCUGUAAUGACCAGCAGCAGUUGUGAAUAAAAAGGAAACUGAAUGGGACCUUCAAAGAAUUAUCAGUUCCACCAAUUUGUCUCAUUGAAGGAGCUUACCUCUGGAGAGCCAGCAACUAGUAGUUUUGACUAUUGUCUGUUCCUCUUUGCUUCUUUUACUAUGCAAUUGUAAAAUAAUGAAGUAUAAAAUGUUGGACUCUGAAAAAUGUGCCAUUAUUUGUAUAAACAUGCAGCAUUUGGGGAGGGGGAACUUUUUAAAAUCACUUUUUACUACUGGUGUUAGAGAAUAUUGAUGGGACGUUCUCAAACUGUAUGCACAUUUUACAAUGUUUUUAAGAAAAUGCUACUCUCUCUAACGCCACCCUCUUGAAAAACAGCGUAAUGUUGGCUGUGUGCCUAAGAACGUAGUUUAUUUUGAAGUUCUGCCAAAGUCUUGCAAGUAUGGGAGGGGACGUUUUCUCCUCUACAGUGUGAAUUUCUGUGCCCAAACAAAUUUUAUGAAUAGGUGAUUAUUUUAAUGAAUUGUAACAAUGUAAAGCCAUGACCACUUUUCUACCUCAGACCCUCCUUCCUUCAAUAAUGGUUCUUACGUAAUGUAUUCCCUGGCAUACAAAGCUUUCAUUUCAUCAAAUCAAGUGCCAUAAAGGAUCCAAAUAUUUGGUCAGUAGUGACUUGGUGGCAUUACAAUAUUAUCUUUUGAUGCAUCCUGUGAAAAUUUGAGUAUCAGCCCAACUUCAUACACAUGUUAACCCCCUCCCCCCUCCUUAAUGAUGUGAUUCCUGGCCAUUAAGUAGGCUGCACCACUACACUGUACACUUUCUGAUCCUUCUUAGUUGUUAUAUUUUAACAUGUAAAGGCAGUGUUGUCUUCUAGCUUAAAUCCUUAUCACACCUGAAAUCACUACACAUUUCAUUCAAAAUAAAGUUCAUUUAUAUAACACAA